CCAAACGAAGCGUGGUUACGGUCACACUACAGCGAUCAGCUGUUGGCGACCGCAUUAGUUUGUUUAUUCUAUUUUGUUUGACCAUGUCGGAAGCAGAUGAAAACUGUCAUUUCUGUCGGGAGGUGUCCUUCAAGUACACUUGUCCCAAGUGCAAUGCUUUGUACUGCAGUGUGGGAUGCUACAAGUCCAAGGAGCAUCUGAAAUGCUCCGAGGCUUUCUACAAGUCCUGCAUUCAGGAAGAACUGACCCAAAACACAGUAACGCAGGAAAGCCAGGAGGACAUGCGGAAAAUAUACGACAUACUAAAGAGGAUGAGAGAAACGGACAGUGGCUUCAAUCCCCAGGACUUUGAUACAGAUGGCCUGGAGAAUCCUUUGGAUUCAGAUGGAGGCGAGGAAGAAGAGCCAGAAGAAGAUGAUGCAGAAGAAGACGUCACCGAAGGGGAUCUACUUGAUGAAGACGCGGAGGAAGACAUUGCAGCUCGACUGAAAGGCGUUGAUAUCAACGAUGCGGAUGAAGUUUGGAGCCGGCUAACUACGGAGGAGCAAGAGGAGUUCCAGAAACUAAUCACCAAUGGGGAUAUCAUGAAGCUUAUGCCAGACUACAAGCCCUGGUGGUUCAAGCCGAAGAACUCCAAGAUUGUGAUUAUACCUACACCAGAAGAGGCUGCCAAGAAAGAAAGCUCUGUUCCCGAAAUUUGCGGGAGCAUUGCCAAAUUCUCCGAUAUAUGCAAGAAAACUCCUUCGCCGUGCCUGCACUACAAUUUGUGGAACAUCCUUAGCGCCUACGCCUGUGUGGCUCGUUUUUUUGGUGGCGAACAGAGAACAAAUGCCAGUGAAGCAGUGGCCCACCUUGUGAAUCUCAGCGCCUCCCUGAAAUACGGCACCAACUUCGAGGAUGCUGAGGACGCCAUUGUCUCUGUCGAGAUGGAGGCCAUUACCACUGGAAAUGGUCCAGCGGGUGCUGCUGCAGUUGGAAGUGCUGCAGCAGAUGCUAAUUUCCUCGUCGAGAACAGAGAGCAACUGCAGCAGGAUGCCCGCCAGUUGAUGGCUACGAAGGAUCACAAGUUGGCCGCCCUUAGCGAUGUGCUCUAUCUACUACAGCAGACGAAGGCAAUGAGUCGCCGACAGAAUGUCCAGGAAGCCGAGUUCCAAAAGCUAUUUUCUUUGGCCAGCGGAAGUGUGCAAUUGGAUCGCACCAAACUGACUCAACUGGUUCGGAAAAUCGAGUUCAUGCUCGCUUAUGUGGCGCGGGAAGAGGUCCUUUAGUAAUUCUUCAAAAUAUACAUUUCGAACUUCCUUCUGGUUUUAAAUUAUCCUCAAAGAUGAAAGCAGUCUUCGUCCCUUUAGCUCUUUUGAGUUUUAUUUCUGAAUUUUGUAAUAUGAAGAAACGUAAAUAUUGCACCGAUCGUUAUUUGAAUAUUUUAUUGUAUUUAGGAAUUCAAAUACAACUAAGAAAAAUUAGUAAAAUUGGUCAAUGAUAA